AUGGCGCCUAAAAAGUCUGAUAAGCCUCAGAGCGACUCGCCUUACGUCGCGUCCAACAUCUUUGCCGAUACCCAAGUCUCGAAGCUGGCGGAGGAGUUCCGUACCAAGCGUCCGGUCUUGCGAUGCGUCUCAAGCCUUCUGCCGAAGCUUCCCUUCCAUUCUUCUGCGAUAUACAAGCAGCCUCGCUUGUAUGAUUGGCUAUGUAACAAUACGGAGCCCGUGUCGCGCGACGGGGACUUUCUCUUUGAAUUUGCGAGAUAUCUUGACUGGUGGGAGCGUUCUGCGGUCUACUCGGAUCCACCUGAGGGACGGGAUCGCCGUAAGAAUAAGGAGAUACGGCUUUUGAUCAGACGUUUUGGGCUGGGGGAGGAUGUGGCGUCGCCUGCUCCCGACCAGUUUCUGGCCAUCAAUGGUCAGGCCGGAUUGACCUGGACGGACACGCAUCAGUGGCUGUUCCUGCUCCGGUGGUUCGACAUUCUAGCUAAGCUUCGUAAUGUUGAGGACCCCACGUUUGAUCGUCGUCCUCCUCUUCCGAGUCGCUUCAUAUACCUGGCUAGUCGUUUAACACCGAUCUGGCUUUCUAUGCGGCUUGACUGGCAGCUCGCUGUGAAGGACGCUUGUACGAUCAUUCGGGCGGCGCACGGUGUUGUCGAUGGUGACUCCGGGUCAUCGUUCUUGGAGAUCACGAACUCAGUCGCUUCUGCGGACACGGCGACGGUCGCCACUGCUAGCCCUUAUGGACGCGCUCCUGCAUGGGUUCGCUACUCGUCGACGGCAGAGGAGGCAGCUCAAGCUCAAGAGGUUGCUCGAGAAGUUGUUGCGAAGCAGGCCAUGUCUCUUGACGCUGUCUUCGCAAAGUUUGACCAGAUGUCUUUGACGUCCGCCUUCGACCGCCUCAUUCCUCAGGUCAAGUCCGCUGAGGAUCAAAAUCAGUAUAUCGCCAUUACGAUCAACAUUCAGAUGGCGGCGCUGGUGGUCAAUUACAUCCAAACUAACGUUCGAGAGGGCGUGGAGAAUUUUCAGUUGCGCGACAUUACAUCUCGUGUCCCUGCCGAGAUGAAAGCGGACUGGAAGACUGCGCGAUACAUAUACCAGCCCUUCGUCAUCAUGAUCAUGUACUCGCCGCUAUUCGUUUUGGCAAAGAGUCGUUUAUACUCCUCUCCGCUUCCUUCGUUCUCUCAUGCCCUCGAGAUAUUCAAAGCGAUGGGUAAUGUAGGCAAGCCACCGGCCUUAGAAGCUCUGGAGUCCAGUAUCUGGGCGAUGGUUUUGCAGGUCGCUCACGGUUCUGCCGUUGCUGAUGUACUGCCCGUCUACGUCUCCGCUUGGUAUAACUCGAUCGGAAUAGACGCGGUGACUGAAUGUAAGUCCUGGCUGGACGACCUUGGAUCGAAAGCUGCUGCUCCUUCGGAUGCGCGUAUUCAGGAUUGGAGCGAUGAGGACGAGAUUAAGGUUGUUCGGGACUUCACUGCUCAGCGCGACGAACUUCGGGAUUGGAAGCCUGACGUUCUGAACAUGAACGGCAAGCGCCGCGCUUCUAGCCCCCCUGUACACCCUCCUGCCAAGCGCUCGGCUAAGAAGAAGGGGGCAAGCAAACGGGAGCCCUCGCGUCCUCGUUCUGCCCGAAAGGACAACUCGACUCGCGGUUCUCGCAGCGCUGGUGCGGGGGGCGUAGACGACGCCGAUGCAAGCGACGCACGCUCUGCGCGGUCGAAGCGUCGUGGGGAAGCGAAUGCGCAACCUCGCGUUGCUAAAGGCGGUCAAUCUGAGCGCGUCAAUGAUAAGUCUCGUAGCAACAAGCACAAGGCCGGCAGGGCGGGUCGUGGCAAGGGCGCACCGCAAGACGAGGACGCGCAGUCUGACGAAGACGUUCAGCCUGACAAGGACGCGCAGCGUGACGGAGACGUUCAGCCUGACGAGGACGCGCAGCCUGACGGAGACGUUGAGCCUGAUGAUGAUGUGCAGCAUGAAGAUGAUGUGCAACCCGAGGCCGAUGUUCGGACUCGCGGGUCUCAGCGGCGGGACGGUGAUAUGCAGGAUAAUGAGGAUAAUGAGGACGAGGAUGGCGAUGACCUAUUUCGUGGGCGGCUUUCUCCUCUUCCUGAUGAGGCGCGCUCGCGAGACGGCUCUACAGGGGCUAACCAUCAAGGAGACAACCGGCCGUCAUCUCCAAUGAAUGUCGAUGGUCGUUCAGUGGAGGCUCGCGCUGAGAAAGACGCUCAUGCUGUUGACCCUCCUCGCAAGGGUGCCAAAGCAUCUAAGGCUUCAAAGAAGUCUCGGACACCUUACGUUGCUCAGCCUGUUACUGUUCCUGUUUGGACUUCUUCUGGUUUGGUCGAGAGAACGUGGUCGCCUGUUCGUCAGCCUACGCAUCGCCUUUUUUCUCUGCUCUCUGAGCAUACCGUGACUUCUUAUGCUCCCGGGGAUAGCGCGGGCGGUCUCAAGGUCUUUUGUGCUGAUGAUUUCGCUCGCCUUUCUUCUCAAGAGGUCCAGCGUAUAUUCCAGACGCAUAGUAUCCUUGUGCGCGGCAACACGGUGGACCCCUUCUGGGAGUGGGGUCUGGCCCCAUUUGCGGCUAUGCGCCCUAUCGCUGGCACUGUCGUUCAAGUUCAGGAUCCGGUCGCUUCGUAUGAGUCCGAUGGAUUUAACACGAUCUCAGUCACAAUUCCGGACCUCGUUAGGGCGGGGCGAGAAGACACGGCUAAACGAUGGAACUGCCUUGAUUUGCCAAUGGGUCUGGAGCGUCUGUCCCAUAUACCUCACGUUGCCGACCAUGGUCCGUUUAAUAUUUUGCUGCACGCGUAUAAGGUUUCGGGACAGGAGCCUGACGCUUACGAGGAGGGAGAGUACGCGCAAAACAUGGCUAAACUGCACUGGGCUUUGGCCGGUGUCGCGGGCGCGGACACCAUGCAGCACAUGGACGUCGGUGGAUUUGCAACUACGGUCCACGUACUGUCUGGGGAGAAGAUCUGGGCAAUUGGCAGUCGCAGGGAUGGGCGUCCGUUUCCAAACGACUCGAACUGCUUGCUCAAGGAGGAAAAGAGAGCUGAUUGGCACUCCUUCGACAAGGAUGAUAUUCGCUGGGAGACUUUCCUACUUUCUGCUGGAGAUAUAUUGUAUAUGCGGCCGUCUCCCCAUAUGGUUCACACCGUCUCCAGUUCGAUCUGCUUCGGAGAGUAUUUCUUAACCCCGCAAACGCUCGUUGACCACGUGUCUUCCUACGCCGUAACCCGCUUGGCGAACCUUGUCGUCACCAACGAUGUCUUCCAGUCUGGCCCAGUCCUCUUAGCGAUCGCUUCAUGGUGGUGGAACGGGGACCUGGGGUGCGAUGACGAUUGUCAUGACCCGAUAGCUCGCGCUUCUCGACCUGCUCUCGAUGACAACCCCGCGGUAUACGUCGCCCUUCUCGCCCUUUACGUUUUUCAGACCACCCUCGCGGUUGACACGUAUGAGUCGGACGAAGCUGCUGAGCUUGGAGUCACUAUGGAUGUAGUCGGCGAUCGUCUUUAUCGCGAGCCAUGCGCACAGCUGCACGAGUGGGUGCUUCGUCAGGGUAUCGUUGCUCGUGCAGGGGAGGACGUCGAUCCUGAGAUGGACGACGACGACCGCGUCGAACUCCUUCGCGACAUCAUUCUAGACUUUGGCCGGGGACUGCACGUCAUGGCUGUGGCGCAUGCAAGUACCGAGCCCAAGUUCUGCAUGGCUCCUCUCAUCUCUCGUCUGGAGCAAGACGCUCUAGCCGCGUAUGGCGCGCCUCUGAAAUCUUGGUUAGAUAUGCUGGACUACGAUCGUCGCCCCCUCAUACCAGAUGUUCAAUUUGUGCUCUCGCCUCGUCCUGACAUUGAAUUUGAUUUUGAGGAUUGA